AAGGUACACCAGCCACGUCAACACAUUCAUCUCUGCCGAGCCUUCAGUACCUCUCUCUCGAUUCGCCCAUCAUCUCCCACCAUUGCCCACUAUCGACCCCAAUAUGAAUCAACCCACCGCCACCCUAGAUCCCGCAACAUUCCCUACCAGCGGUAACACAGCUGGCUAUGCGAGACCUAAUUCUGGGAGCUACUUUGCCUAUCACCAGCCACAAAAGGCUCAAGUAAAUGACGAAACUUUGACCAACACGCUAGCGAAUUCUCACAUCGCGCCACCCCAGAACGAUACCUACCAAACAGCGAAUCGUCAACCCAAGUUUACCGAAGAGUGGGAUGCCAGUGCGAGAGGAGACUCAGUCGUCGACGGUCCAACAUCGCAGCAGAGCCACUACCAGCACUCCACCAUGCAGCGGUCGAAUUCGAUAUCUUCGCGACCCGAAACACUCACUACCGGCGAUGGCGUAGGUGCCCAUGCUAUAUCCCUGUCGAGGGGGAAUACCCUUAAGAAGAAGAGCUCUCUACGCAGGAGUGGUAGUCUCAAGCGCAGCAGCAGUCGCAGGAGCAUGAACGCUGGCAGCAUGAGAAGUCUGGCCUUACAAAGCUCCCAUGAUUCGGACGAAAUUCACAGCGCAUUCUAUUGUCCCGUACCGACUUCGGGCAACCCGACGGAAGUACUAGCCGAGAGAUUUCAGUCCUGGCGGAAGAUUCUCAAGGAUCUCAUUGCAUAUUUUAGGGAAAUACAAUCGCACUACGAGCAUCGAUCCAAGUCGCUUAUCAAGCUCGCCAACGUGCUUAACAACACGUCAGCACCGCCUGGAUUCCUCACGUCCGGUGGACUAGAUGAUGCUGCGCAAAUUUUAAGAGGCUAUCAUAAGAACAUGAUCAUAGAGGCCACCAAAGCCAAGGAAAUCGAGCAGGAUGUUAUUUUAGCGCUGACCGGCUUAAGAAGCGAUCUCAACCAGAAGAUAAAAGAGAUUAAGAGCUUGUCUAGCGACUUUAAAAACUCGGUCGAGAAGGAAAUGGAGAAUACCAGGAAGGCUGUCAAUGCGCUUCAAGAAGCCUUAGGGCAGACCGAGUUAGACUCCGCUCUGACUACGGGCAAGCAGGAUCCAUACCUCUUGCGACUUGCGGUGGAUCGCCAGCUUGAAAGGCAACUCGACGAAGAGAACUAUUUACACAAGGCAUACUUGAACCUCGAGUCGUCAGGUAGAGAACUUGAGUCGAUUGUUGUCGGCGAAAUUCAGAAAUCGUACAACGCGUACUUGGGUAUUAUCAAGCGAGAAGCAGAUGCGGCUUAUAACACCAUCGACGAACUGCGUGCCGGUCCUAUAUCGAUGCCCAAGGACCACGAGUGGAUUAAUUUCAUUCAGAGAGACCCACAAUUUGUCGAUCCUGACGUGCCCCUGAGAUCGGCUGAACACAUCCACUACCCAGGCCGAGAUCAUUUUGCUUGUCAGGAGAUCCGUGCGGGUCUACUUGAGCGGAAGAGCAAGUACUUGAAGAGUUAUACAGCGGGAUGGUAUGUGUUAUCGCCGACUCAUCUGCACGAAUUCAAAUCCGCAGACAAGACUCAAGCACCCGUCAUGUCUUUGUAUCUUCCCGAGCAGAAGCUUGGAUCCCACUCCACCGAAGGUGGCUCUUCCAACAAGUUCAUUCUAAAGGGGCGACAGACCGGGGCUAUGCACCGCGGUCAUACUUGGGUCUUCCGCGCCGAAAGCCACGAUACCAUGAUGGCUUGGUAUGAAGAUAUUAAGGCUCUUACCGAGAAGUCACCCGAAGAGCUUAGCGACUUCGUUCGAGGCCACUCUCGCGCAUAUUCGCAAGCUUCGCAGCGUACUUCGAGUUCAGAUGGCAUUGUGGAUGAUGAGGAUGACGAGCCGUUUUCGGUCGACCCUACUGUUGCUAGCCCAGAUUCUCGACAGGAUUCUAUGCAGAAUAGGCCUGAGCCAGGAGGUCGGUUCCCAUCCGACAUCCAAGUCACCGCGCAGAGGGGCCUACAAGUACCACGCUCUCCCAGUAGUGUCGGUUCCGGAGUUGUAGGCAACGAAUAUGUGCUCAGCGGCGCUAACGGGGCCAUCAAUCAAGAUAGAGACGUAAUCGCAGCGGCGGGCGCAUUACCCGGCGGCGGAAUGGACGAACCAUAUCCUGGAAACAGGGCAUCUCAAUUAGUUGGUCAAACCUACGGAAAUACCCCAAGCGUCAGAUUAGACCAGGCGCACAGUCAAGCAGUAGUUAUUGACAAUGAAGCGAGGGCAGAUGGCAUAAAUCCAUACAACGGGGAACCUAUCCAGCAGCAGCAACAGCAAAGGGGCCCGCCGAACCGGCCAGUAAUCAUCCCGGGUCCGGCAUCUAAUAGCACGAUGCAGACUUUGGAGACUACUAUUAGUCAAGAUUCGGGUAAUCCCGACGCAUACGAGACGGCUACCGACGCCCAGCAGAAAUAUGUGCCGAGCACCGGUGCAUAUAGCAUACAAGGCAGGGACCAGCAAGCGCAGGUAGUCGGAGCUGGAAACGGGUUCGUGAAGCCGCUACCCAAUAUGGCUACCGGAAUGCCCUUUUCGGUGCAGAUUGGGCAACCAAGACCGUACGGUGGCAGGACGAAUAGUAACCCCCAUGUCCCUGGCGAGUACCCGCGAAGUACACCGGGUGCUACACCUGGGGCUUAUUAGAUGUCUACGCGGAUUUUAUGAUGCGACUAGAUAUAACCGAUAUCCUACGGGCAAGUUACAUGGUGUAUGGUGUGGUUUUGAAUUAAAGAAUACACGCUACACGGCCAUACUUGAGGAACAAGUUCCUGGCCUGGGCGGUUUGGAUACGACGUUACUUUUUUUUGCG